AUGGGGUCAACAACAUCCGAAGGUCGAAUCCUUACUCGUGUUUUAGAUGAACUGGCGGUCACGAACCCUGAUUCUCUCUAUUGUAUCCAUCCUGUCUCGAAUGAGAGCAAGCUUGAAUGGAACCAGAUCACUGUCGAGAAUUUUGCUUGGGCAGUUAAUCGGCUAGCCUGGUGGAUUGAUGAGAAACUGGAUGGGCAGAAGGGGCAACAAGUCCUUGCCUACAUCGGGGCGAAUGAUCUAAGAUACGGGGCGUUUAUGCUAGCCUGUAUGAAAACGGGCCAUGCUGCAUUAUUGCUGUCGACGAGAAAUUCUCAAUCGGCACAACGACACCUCUUAGAAGCCACCAAGUGCUCUAUAAUUGUCGAUGGGGCUGAAAAGGCGCAGCUCCAACAUGCGCUUGAUGAACUUGUCACCAGCUGCACUGACAUCCCGCUUGAGCGCUGGCAGAUUGGAUCUAUGUGGGAUGUCUUCUCAUCUGUUCCAGUGGCCCUAUACCCUCACAGAGUCUCUUUUGCAAAUGUCGAGGACCUUCCCGCAAUCAUUAUCCACAGCUCAGGUACCACUGGCAAUCCAAAGCCUGUAGUUUUGACACAUGGAUAUCUCGCUACUUUGGACAAUAUGCAGCAUUUGCCUUUGCCCCCUGGACGCGAGAACGCCCUAUGUGCUGUGCGCCGACGGGGUGAAAUGCGUUUCUUUUACAGUCCCAUGUUCCAUUUUAUGGGACUUAUUUGCAUUACCGAGGGCCUGCUUUUCCAAACUCCUUUUUUAUUUGCCCCGGAUCGUCCUUUGACUGCAAAUUUGUUUCAUCAGAUCAUGAGCUCGAGUCAUAUGCCCAUAUGGGGAGUUUUCACUCCAUCCACUUUGGAUGAACUCGUGUCUUCGGAGGAAGGCUUGCAGGCUCUUGCAAAACUUACCGCCAUUAAUUUUGGGGGUGCACCUAUGGCACAGGCCACUGGUCAAAAACUGACGUCUUUGUUCGGUUUGCAAACUAUCAUUGGGAGCAGUGAGACUAGUUAUACACCUGCUUUGCUCUGUGAGGAUCCUGCUGAUUGGAACUACAUGGAAUGGGUUCCUGCAUUCGAUUUGCGCAUGGAAAACGUCGGUGACGGACUCUCGGAGUUGAUUUUGCUACGCUCGAGUACACGUCAAUAUCAUGGUAUCUUCCAUUCCCAUCCGCACCUCAAGGAGUACCGUACUGGUGACCUCUUUCGGCCUCAUCCUUCCAAGCCUGGACUUUGGCGCUACGAUGGUCGAGGAGAUGAUAUUAUCGUUUUGAGAAAUGGAGAAAAAUUCAAUCCCAUAGAAGCCGAGAAGCUUAUAGAAGCCCACCCUCUUGUGAAGCUGGCCGCCAUUUUUGGUCAAGACCGCUUUCAGGCAACUUUGCUCAUUCAGCCUAACUGGGAUCAAUUACCACCUUCUUGGACCUCCCGGUCUUUGAAAGAAACAAUCCGGUCGACUGUCGAUAAAGCAAACUCAUCUUUGCCAGGCCAUGGAAAGAUCUUUCAGAGUCAUAUCGCCUUUACCUCUCGUGAUAAGCCCUUUGCAUUAUCACCGAAGGGGACGCUGCGCCGGCGCGAUGUCAGCAAAGAUUAUGCCGACGUGCUAGAAGACCUCUACAGCUUGCGAGAGACCUUCAAUGAGCCUGAAAAAAAGAAUCAAGUCAAAGAAUUCCCAGGGGAGAGUCUGUCUGAAAUACAGCAAUGGAUAGAAGAACAAGUUGCGCAGAUCCUUUCCCGCGAUAUAACAGACCAUGAAGACGAUAUCAUAUCCCUGGGAAUGGACUCACUGCAAGUAGUCCGCCUAUCGCAAGUUUUACAAAAUGCUGAACACAAAAUGCCCGGUGUUCGUCAUCCAAAACAGUGGACAAACGCAAUGAUUUACGACCUGGCCAGCAUCCCAGAAUUGGCACAGGCUCUAUAUCAGCGCAUCGAUAGCGAUGAGCUCCAUACCCCACCAGAGAGCAUUGAAGGCACUACAUGGUCACGAGAAGACACUCUUAUCAGGCUCAUAUGGCAACAGGCACAGUUCCUGGGCUCUGGAGGACUGACUAUUGCCUUGACCGGAUCUACUGGGGAACUUGGAAGUUACAUUUUGAAUGCUCUUCUACAAGACCCAUCAAUCAAACAAGUUUAUUGUUUGAACAGAUCUACCGAUGCGGCAGAGCGACAGGUGACAAGUUUCGAAACGAAGGGCUUGUCAACUGCAUGGCUGACUGAAACCUCCCGGGUUCAAUUCUGGCAGAGUGAUCUACAGGAGGAAAACCUGGGACUCACACCGGACAAGUACAAGUUACUGGAGGAGAACAUUGACGUUUUUAUUCACAACGCCUGGUCGGUGAACUUCAAUCAACCAAUUGUCAAAUUUGAGUCUCAAAUUGUCGGACUCCGGAGACUCCUGACACUGAUUGAACACUCAGCACACAACGCAGAUUUUCAUUUUGUUUCUUCCGUAUCGGCAGUCGCAGCUCUAUCUGUACCUCCUGAUACGGUCAUUUUGGAAAAACUCUAUGGAUCUGCAGGAGCUCUCCGGCAAGGAUAUGGCGAGUCAAAAUUCGUGGGUGAGCAACUUUGCGGUUUGGCUUCCCAGCGUAACGGGUCUCGUAUCUCGAUUCAUCGCGUUGGCCAGCUCGGUGGCCCAUCAACUCCCGGGGCCGGCAUGUGGAAUCCCCGUGAUUGGAUUCCGUCCUUGGUGCGGUCAUCUCAAACAAUGCACAAGCUUCCCGAUAGCUUGGGCUCUUUUCAAGUGGAUUGGUUACCUAUUGAUUCUGCUGCACUCAUAAUGACUGAGAUUGUGAAAAUCCGGCGCGAAGAACCUCACUCGGAGCUCACGGUGUAUCACAUCAUGAACCCCAGGGCCACAGAAUGGAAAAGUCUUGCCGGCGUUGUGGCCAAAGCUUGUAAUGCAAGUAUCGUUUCUCUUGCUGAAUGGGUCCAAGAACUGGAGCUCGCCGCCAGUGAGCGCAAAGACCUUCACGAGAUUCCUGCAGCGGGUCUUUUGGAAUUCUUCCGCAUGCUUGUUGCCCAGCAAAAUCAUCCCAAACCGAGAAUGAGUGUUGGGAAUACCCAAAAAGGCUCCGCAACAUCAUCUGCCGUUCAGCCUGUAAGUGAGCAGUUGAUGGAGUUGUGGUUACGGCAAUGGAAGGCAUGGAUUCCAGAAUUGGCUAUCUAA